AUGUCGUGGUUUGCCAGGGCUCAGCAGGAUGACAGGCCUACCAAGUCUGCGCGGAAAGAGUCGGAUUCGGCGGCUCGCACUGAUGUGGACAAGUUGCUCGAGAUGGUCGAAAAGCUCUGCUUAAAAAACUGCUUGGAGGUGCGUGAGAUGCAAGCUGCGGUGCUCAGAUCUUAUCUGCUGCCCCGGGACAGCAGUCUUGCGGUUGCUGCAACUGAUGCUGCCAAGAAUCACGUGGAGAAGUUGAAGGAAGCCCGAAAUGAUCAGAGAGCCAUUGAUGCCCUUGGGCCGGUUCAUGUCCAAGUUUGGGCAGCAUUGGUCAAAGCUGUGCGGAGUGCGCCGGAAAUGCUGAAGAUGCCAGCACCCUCCGGGCUCACUUUGAAGAGGCCACCAGUGCCGGACGUGAUCCCAAUGCGCUUGCUGCAAGAGUGCACAUUGCCAGAUUCAAGAAGGCUUGGGACAAGAGAUCUGCGAAAUUACACCUUGCUUGUAGUGCUGAUCUUACGCAUGUGUUGA